GCGCGCCGGAGCCACGGGCAGCCGUUAGGGGCGGGGCCUGCAGCCGCCCGCGCGCGGCUCGCGCCCUCCCCUUUGUGUCGCCAUGGCGGCGGCAGCGGCGACGAGGACGACGAGCGAGGGGUCGAGCGCAGCCGGCGCCUGAAGAGGCUACGCUACCAUGGUGACAUUCCCUGAUACUUCCUGGCAGAGCCCAUGUUCCAGGCGCAAAGAAAUUCACGUCCCGUCCUGCCUUGGGGAGCUUCAUGGGCUGGAGAGGGACAGAACCGAGGGCUCGCAGCACUGACAGCCUGGAUGGCCCAGGGGAGGGCUCAGUGCAGCCCUUGCCUCACACUGGGGGGCCCAGUGUGAAGGGAAAGCCUGGGAAAAGGCUCUCGGCUCCUCGAGGUCCCUUCCCCCGGUUGGCUGACUGUGCCCAUUUCCACUACGAGAAUGUUGACUUUGGCCAUAUUCAGCUCCUGCUGUCUCCAGAGCGUGAAGGCCCCAGCUUCUCUGGAGAGAAUGAGCUGGUGUUUGGGGUGCAGGUGACCUGUCAGGGCCGCUCCUGGCCAGUUCUCCGAAGUUACGAUGACUUCCGAUCCCUGGAUGCCCACCUACACCGGUGCAUAUUUGACAGGAGGUUCUCCUGCCUCCCAGAGCUUCCUCCACCCCCAGAGGGUGCCAGGGCUGCCCAGAUGCUGGUACCCCUGCUGCUGCAGUACCUGGAGACCCUGUCGGGCCUGGUGGACAGUAACCUCAACUGUGGGCCUGUGCUCACCUGGAUGGAGCUGGACAACCAUGGCCGGCGCCUGCUCCUCAGUGAGGAGGCCUCUCUCAACAUCCCCGCAGUGGCCGCCGCGCACGUCAUCAAGCGGUACACAGCCCAGGCACCAGAUGAGCUGUCCUUUGAGGUGGGAGACAUUGUCUCCGUGAUCGACAUGCCGCCCACUGAGGAUCGGAGCUGGUGGCGGGGCAAACGAGGCUUCCAGGUCGGUUUCUUCCCCAGUGAGUGUGUGGAACUGUUCACGGAGCGGCCUGGUCCAGGACUAAAGGGGGAAGCCGAUGGUCCCCAGUGCGGUGUCCCAACGCCCCAGGGUGUCUCCUCUCUGACCUCAGCUGUGCCCCGGCCACGUGGGAAGCUGGCGGGCCUCCUCAGAACCUUCAUGCGCUCCCGCCCCUCCCGGCAGCGGCUGCGGCAGCGGGGCAUCCUGCGGCAGAGGGUGUUUGGCUGUGACCUUGGCGAGCACCUCAGUAAUUCAGGCCAAGAUGUGCCCCAGGUGCUUCGCUGCUGCUCUGAGUUUAUCGAGGCCCACGGGGUGGUGGAUGGAAUCUACCGGCUCUCAGGAGUGUCAUCCAACAUCCAGAGGCUACGGCAUGAGUUCGACAGUGAGAGGAUCCCUGAACUGUCCGGCCCCGCCUUCCUGCAGGACAUCCACAGCGUAUCCUCCCUCUGCAAGCUCUACUUCCGGGAGCUGCCGAAUCCCUUGCUCACAUACCAGCUCUACGGGAAGUUCAGCGAAGCCAUGUCCGUGCCCGGGGAAGAGGAGCGCCUGGUGCGUGUCCACGAUGUCAUCCAGCAGCUGCCCCCGCCUCACUACAGGACCCUAGAGUACCUGCUGAGGCACCUGGCCCGCAUGGCAAGACACAGUGCCAACACCAGCAUGCAUGCCCGCAACCUGGCCAUCGUCUGGGCGCCCAACCUGCUACGGUCCAUGGAACUGGAGUCCGUGGGGCUGGGUGGGGCAGCAGCCUUCCGGGAGGUCCGGGUGCAGUCUGUGGUGGUGGAAUUCCUGCUCACCCAUGUGGAUGUGUUGUUUAGUGACACCUUCACCUCUGCUGGCCUCGACCCUGCAGGCCGCUGCCUCCUCCCCAGGCCCAAGUCCCUUGCGGGCAGUGGCCCUUCCACUCGCCUGCUGACGCUGGAGGAAGCCCAGGCUCGGACCCAGGGCCGGCUAGGGACUCCCACCGAGCCCACCACUCCCAAGGCCCCAGCUUCACCUGUGGAAAGGAGGAAAGGGGAGAGAGGCGAGAAACAGCGAAAGCCAGGGGGAAGCAGUUGGAAGACCUUCUUUGCACUGGGCCGGGGCCCUAGCAUCCCCCGAAAGAAGCCUUUACCGUGGCUGGGGGGCACCCGUGCACCCCCACAGCCUUCAGGUGGCCGACCUGACACAGUCACGCUGAGAUCUGCCAAAAGCGAGGAGUCUCUGUCAUCGCAGGCCAGCGGGGCUGGCCUCCAGAGGCUGCACAGGCUCCGGCGACCCCACUCCAGCAGUGACGCUUUCCCUGUGGGCCCGGCACCUGCUGGCUCCUGCGAGAGCCUGUCCUCCUCCUCCUCCUCCUCUGAAUCCUCCUCCUCUUCGGAGUCCUCGUCCUCCGGAUCCUCAGCAGCUGGGCUGGGGGCACUCUCUGGUUCACCCUCACACCGAACCUCAGCCUGGCUAGAUGAUGGUGACGAGCUGGACUUUAGCCCACCCCGCUGCCUGGAGGGGCUCCGGGGGCUCGACUUCGAUCCCCUUACCUUUCGCUGCAGCAGCCCCACACCAGGCGACCCGGCACCUCCCGCCAGCCCGGCACCCCCAGCCCCUGCCUCCGCCUUCCCACCUAAGGUGACACCCCAGGCCCUCUCACCCCGUGGGGCCGCCAGCCCUGCCUCGCCCACCGCCCUGGACAUCUCAGAACCCCUGGCUGUAUCCGUGCCACCUGCUGUCCUGGAGCUGCUGGGGGCUGGGGGAACGCCUGCCUCAGUCACCCCAACGCCGGCCCUUAGCCCCAGCCCCGGCCUGCGGCCCCAUCUCAUCCCCUUGCUGCUGCGCGGAGCCGAGGCCCAGCUGAGUGACACCUGCCAACAGGAGAUCUGCAGCAAGCUGGCCCUGCCUGUUCCCCGGGGAGCCCCAGGCCAGCAUGGUCCUGGUAUGGAUUCACCGCUGCUGCCCCCACCCCUGUCCCUCCUGCGCCCUGGGGGGGCCCCACCCCCACCCCCCAAGAACCCAGCACGCCUCAUGGCCCUGGCCCUGGCUGAGCGGGCUCAGCAGGUGGCCCAGAGACAGAGCCAACAGGAGCAUGGGAGCACCCCUUCUGCUCCCCACUCCCCUUUCCACCGCUCACUGUCGCUGGAGGUGGGCGGUGAGCCCCCAGGGACCUCAGGGGUUGGGCCAGCUCCCAACUCCCUAGCCCAUUCAGGUGCCUGGGUUCCUGGACCCCCACCCUCCCUACCAAGGCAACAAAGUGACGGGAGCCUGGUGAGGAACCAGCGGCCCCCCGGGACCUCAAGGAGGGGACUCAGAGGCCCUGCCCAGGUCAGUGCUCAGCUCAGGAGAGGUGGAGGGUGCAGGGGGUAUGGGGAUGAGCCACAGAUGGCAGCUCUGUUCCUGUAUUCUGUCCCCCCACAGGUUCCUACUCCUGGCUUCUCUUCAGCCCCUCGGGAGUGCCUGCCGCCCUUCCUUGGGGUCCCCAAACCAGGCUUGUACCCCCUGGGUUCCCCAUCCUUCCAGCCCAGCUCCCCAGCCCCGGUCUGGAGGAGCCCCUUAGGUCCCCCUGCACCACUUGACAGGGGAGAGAACCUAUACUACGAAAUCGAGGCGGGUGAGGGAACCCCCUACUCUGGCCCCACUAGGUCCUGGAGUCCCUUUCGCUCUAUGCCCCCAGAUAGGCUCAAUGCCUCAUAUGGCCUGCUUGGCCAAUCACCACCACUUCACAGGUCCCCUGACUUCCUGCUCAGCUACCCACCACCUCCUUCCUGCUUUCCCCAGGACCACCUUGGCUACUCAGCCCCCCAGCAUCCCACCAGGCGCCCUACUCGGCCUGAGCCUCUGUAUGUUAAUCUAGCUCUGGGGCCCAGGGGUCCCUCACCCGCCUCUUCCAGCUCCUCCUCCCCUCCUGCACACCCCCGGAGCCGUUCAGAUCCUGGCCCCCCAGCCCCCCGCUUACCCCAGAAACAGAGGGCCCCCUGGGGCCCCCACACCCCUCACAGGGUACCUGCACCGUGGGGCCCGCCAGAGCCUCUCCUGCUGUACAGGGCAGCCCCACCAGCCUAUGGGAGGGGGGGCGAGCACCACCGAGGGUCCUUGUAUAGGAAUGGGGGGCAAGGAAGGGAGGGGGCUGGUCCCCCACCCCCCUACCCCACUCCCAGCUGGUCCCUCCACUCUGAGGGUCAGACCCGAAGCUAUUGCUGAGCCGCAGCUGGGAGGGACCUUCCUCCUCUCCCUUUCCCCUCACUGAUAUUGACCCAAUCCAAUCCCUCGUUUUGUAUUUUCUUGAGCUCCUGACCCGUACCCCAGGUUUCUAACUUUGUAACAUGUUUCCGAUGUGGGUCCCUAACCUGUUAUAGUUUCCCUACUCCGGGCUGAAGGGCACACCCAUCCCCCCACCAAUCUCCCCUCCUGGGGGCUCCCGCACAAAUCUGAGGGCUAGGCCGACACCCUGUCUUCCCUCUCCCUCCAGGAACCCCCAGCUUGUCCUGACCUGUGCACAGGGGGUUGGGGAACAGCUCCUGCCCAUCUCCCCCGACACUCCCCACUAAACCAUCUGACAAAAUUAAUGAAUAAAAACAGUGAAAACA